AUGGUGAUGGACCCGACGGCGAUCCCCUCAGAGGUCUCUGCUGUCGUCUUCGUCAUCGAGAGCUCCCAAACCCUUUGGAUGGAAUGGAAAAUAAUCCUUAGCGAUUAUGUCGGGGUAUUGAUGAAGAGGUUGUACGAGGCGUAUCCUAAGAGAGCUUUGCGAAUAGGAAUUAUCACCUAUUCAAACUCGGAUACACUCGACAACCCAAUUCUCGCAAAGAUGUUCUUUAUGGGUUAUGCGAAUGCCUUUCAGAUGCUCAAGUCGGGCAAGUCACUGAAACUGGGAGAGGUCGAUGCGUCUCCGAAGAAGGGCAUGGCCGCCCUUGAGGCAUUGGUUGCUGCUGUCGAGUUGUUCGACGACCUCGACGCGUCGCUAACGGACGAUAACGACCCUUCAAACUCGGCGAAACACGUCCUCAGGCAUAUCGUUCAUAUUGUUGCGGGCGCGCCCGACCAGGCUCCUAGGCCAAUGUGGAACCUUUCUCCGAAAUUGGACUUUGUCUCCUGGGAUACGUUGCCGGAGGAAAUGAACAAGAGGAACAUAUUCUACAGCGCCGUGAUUGCGCGGCAGGCGACUGUGAAAUAUUCGCAACUUCAUCAAGCUGUGGGCAAUAGGUCACAACCUUGGUUUGCGGUCCGACCGAAUCAUACCGUGCUCUUAUCUGGAUUCCCGAACAGCCCACCGCAAAGGGCUCCAGCCAAACGACCUAACGAGGCAGCAGACCGCCCAUUGGAUCCCAAGCGCGCGCGCAUGGACCCUCAGCAACAACCCCAGCCGCCUCUGCAAUCCACUCCUCUUCCGCCUCAUCUCAACCCUGCCAAUCCUCAAGUUGUGGCGGCCGCUUUGGCAGCCAUGAGCAAACAACUGCCACCUGCCAUGGCCACCAUGUUCGCCGGCAAGACCCCUGCACAAAUAGAACAUAUCAUUAAGAGGUUCAACGAUUUAGGGCCACGAUUGCCGCAGCUGAAAAAGGAGGCUGAGGAGCUUCACAAGAAUGGCAAGGUUGAGGAGGCGAAGAUGAAGUUGGCAGAGUACGAGAAGCUGAGGGUGUUAUAUGACCAGCUAGGGAAGACCUGGAGGAUGGCCCAGACAGCUGUAUUGAUUAAGGCUGGUGCUAUGAAUGCUGGUGGUGCGGGUGCUGGGCCAAGUCAGCCCACGGCUGGGAGUUCGGGCGAAAGCACUCAAAAGGCGGGAGAGGGGUCAGGGUCGUCGACUGCAACUGCACCCACGAGCGCCGCGGCAGGCCAGCAAUCUCGACCCCAACCUCAACCACCGAAGCCGCCGGAGAGUGACCCUACGCCUUCGAAUACGACUGAUGCACCUGCAGCUUCUGCCGCGACUUCCUCUCCUAAACCUGUGCCCCAUGAUUCCACCUCCACCUCCUGCACCCACCCAACGACCUUCACCAAAACUUUCAAUGCACCUAUCAACCCUCCUCAGCCACCACAACCUUCGAACAAACCACAAGCGCCCACUCCUGCAGUGAACUCGAACGCCAAUCCCCCCAAUCCAAAUCCAAAUAUGGCAGCAGGUGCGCCCCAGAUACCACCGGGUCCUCCACAGCCGGGCCCAGCACUGACACCAGCUCCACCGCCCAACUUUAUGGGUCUAGGCGUUGGCAAUCUCCCACCUGGUCUUGCGCCUUCUGGGUCGACGGAUCCAGCGAUGCAAUUACAAUUGGCGAAAAUGUUGGAGCAACAGAGGGGGAGGCAGGGACCUGGUGGGCCAGGUGUUAGUGGGUUGAUGCAAGUGCCGGGUGGAGUGCAGAAUUCUGCGAUGAGGACCAUGGGAGGGAUGAAUCCGAAUGCGACGAAUCAAGGUAUGAGUGUUGGCGGUAUGAAUCCCGGCGGGCCUCCCGGAGGUAUGAAUUCUGGACUGCCACCAGGUAUGAUGAUCCAGGGUGGUGUAAUGAUACCGCAGAAGUCCCCCGCCCGCCCUGUUUGGAGCGGGCCUAUGAGGUUUGCUGGGACGGGCUCUGAUGGGGUCAAGAAGGAGACCAUUUUCAACGUUAUUGCUGCUUCGCAGCUGAAUGCCGAGGCCUGUCAUGUUAAGACGUGGCCCAGUCGAGGGUUUUUGAUGGUUCCGACACAGGAGCGGUACUCCCAUCCGGAGCUGCAGCUUUGGAUGGCGAAGUAUAAACCAAUUGUAGCCCAGAUUUUACCUGAUACGAGGGGUGAAAACGCCCAGGUGAAUAUCAGUAAUUUCCAACUGUUUAUCCAGGUGCUGCUUUCCAAGCAAGUGUACGCAACUUCUGCAUGGACGACACCGACGGGAAGCCAGACGAACAAUGUGUUGUUCAUUGCUAUUCCUGGGGCGAAUAAGUUGAUGGCCGCGUUCUUCCCAUUGCAUGGGAUUCCGGAGAUGCCUCGGAUGGCAGCGCUGACUGCUGGACUCAAUAUACCGCAACCGAUCGGGCCACCGCAGGGACAACCGGGGCAGCCGCCUAUGCGCCAGCAGGGGAUGCCUGGGCCGCAGAUGGGGAUGGGAAUGGGAGGAAUGCCUGGACAGAUGGGAGGCCCACCUGCAGGAAUGGGAGGACCGCCUGGGGGAGGGUUACCGCCAAACUUUGGGAAUCCGGCGAAUAUGGCCCGCGUUGAAGAACAGCUGAGAUUAUAUUUCCAGAAGAACCCGCAACUUGUGCAACAGAUUUCUCUCCUCCCGCAUGACAAAAAGCAGAAUGCUAUAAACAACUUCAAGAACCAGGCAUUAAAAAGUCUUUACAUGCAACAGGUUAAUCAGACUGCUGCUGCUACUGCUUCUGGAGGGGGAGGUGGCGGCGGGCCAGGGAUGCAGGGAAUGCAGGUUCAGGGAGGAGGACCUGGUGGGAUGAUGCCUGGUGGUGGGAUGCAGGGGGUCGCACCAGGAGUAGCGGGUGGUGGGAUGCCGAUGCCUCCUGGAGCGAACGCUUUCAAUUUCAACAUGCCGCCGGGAGCAACGAUGGGAUUUGGAAGGGGCGGGAUGGGACAGUAA